AUGCCUCUUUACCGCCCGGACAAUGUUGACGCGCCCGUCCUUUCACAGUUCUCUCUGAAGGGCAAGGUCGCCGCUGUAACUGGUGGAGCUCGAGGAAUUGGACUCGAAGUCGUUCGUGGCCUCGCAGAAGCCGGCGCAUCGGUUGCUCUCAUCUAUACCACCAGCAGUUCUGCUCCGGAAACCGCUGCUAAGAUUGCGAAAGAAACCGGCUCGCAGGUCUCCGCCUACAAGGCCGACGUCACCAACAAGGAAGAGAUUACAGACACCAUCAAUCAGAUUGCCAAAGACUUUGGCAAAUUAGAUGUGUGUGUCGCUAAUGCUGGUAUUGCAUCCCAGGUUCCAGGACUUGAGUAUUCCGAACACCAAUGGCGCGACAUCAUGAGUGUCAAUCUUGACGGCGCGAUGUACACUGCUCAGGCUGCUGGCAAGAUCUUUGAAAGACAAGGAGGAAGUAAUUCAAUGAUAUUCACCGCCUCAGUCAGUGCUAUUCUGGUCAAUAUCCCGCAGAAGCAAGCCGCAUACAAUGCAUCCAAGGCCGCUCUGGUACAUUUGGCCAAGUCACUGGCUGUUGAAUGGACCGACUUUGCUCGUGUAAACUGUAUCUCACCUGGCUUUGUCGAGACUGACAUCCUCUCGAUUCAUCCUGAAGAAUGGAGGAAGAAGUGGUUCGACAUGAUUCCUGGUGCUCGUAUGGCGAAAGCUGCGGAGCUUAAAUCAGCAUAUGUUUUCCUAGCAUCUGAUGCUUGCUGCUACAUGACAGGUGCAAAUAUGGUCAUUGAUGGUGGCUACACUCUCCCAUGA